AUGCGGCGGCACUGGGGUGUGAUUUGCCUGCGACGGGCCGACUCUACCCCACCCCUGUGCCGAGAUAGCCCGGCAGACGGGCGUAUAUCGCCGGCUGUAAAGUCUGACAGACUUCUAGCCGUCUCGGCUUGUUUUGAGGCCGUGGCGGCCGGACGAGCGUUCUUACGCGCGCCCGUCACGGGGCAGAGCCGACUCUACUCGUUAAGGAUGUCAGCG